AUGGCAUGGGUUCCUCUUAUCCCAGGCGCAGUGGCUGGUCUCUGGAAGGGCUAUGAAGAGAUAGUCGCACGUCCUCAAAGGAGAGCUCGCCAAGCCCAGCAGAGGCUGAGGGAGUCGCAGGAAAGAGAGCGAGAAAGUGAGCAAAGACGAAUAGCACUACUACAAGAGCUGGGUUAUGAUACAGACCAGCCAGCAAUUACAAAAGAGCUUAUACUCAGCGCUCAGGAUACGGUGGGUUAUGACAAAGGCAAACAGAAUAUUGUCUUCGCCGGCAACGUCAAUGUCGGAAAAUCAUCACUCAUCAAUGCCAUUUGCAAUAAAGGCGGAAAUGACGAAGGUGCUGCCCGCGUGGGCUCUAAUCAAGUGACGAUGGGCAUAACUCGCCACGAGAUACCCAACCACCCGGAGAUUGUGCUCUACGACAUUCCCGGUGCGGGGACCCAGGAUGUGAGGGCGUUCCAGUAUUACCAUGAUCAGAUGCUGUACGCGUUUGAUACUGUUGUCCUCGUCCACGACACUACCCUGACUGAGGCCGACAUCCGAUUGCUCAAAAUGUGCAUCCUUUCCGAUCAAAAAUGCCUUGCCGUCCGAACCAGAUCCGACGAUCAUAUACGAAACUGCGAGUAUGACAAAGAGUGCAACAACUUGGAGGAAACAAGGCAGAUAUUUCUCAGCGAGGUCCGUGAAGACAUCCGGCGCUGUCAAGAGCAAAUCUCUGCUUCUUGGCCGGAGCGUGAAGUCCAAUUCCGGGACUACGUCGUGUCCUCCCGGUCGAUGAGGAGCUUCAUGGGCCAAAAGGCGUCGCCAAAGGACGCGGCUACUGCUUAUAUUGAUGAGCUGGAUUUUGCGUUUGCCUUGUCUCCAACUUUGGUGGUGAAUGUUGACAACUAA